AAUCCGGAAGAUUUCCCUUAUCCACUCGUAUGGUGCAACGGUCUCAGUAGACCAUAUCAGUCAUGUUAAAGGCAUGGCGGUAAUUGGCUUCGAAUGGAAAUAUAUAUAAAAUGCCAUCCCAUUGUUGAAAGAUUCUUCCAUUCCUCACCCACAUUCCUUUCUAUUUUCGAUCUUUUUUCCUGGAGAAUAUAAGCUCUUCAACGUCAGUCUUUACACUUGAAAAUCUUCGCAAGUAUGCGUUCCACACUCUUUUACUCGGUGCUUGCCAGCGGCAUCACUUCAGCUCUUGGAGAUGCAAGCAUCUCUACCUUUCCCAACUCUUUGAAUUUGGCAGCUAGCUUCGAUCCUAUCAAGUCUGCCUACUGGACUGGUCUUCCUCAUCAUCGCCGAACUCCUUUCUCGAUCUCCCCGGAUGGAAAAUCUGCUUACCUUGCCUACCUCGAUCACACAUAUGCCACCGUACACGUUCAACAAGUUUCCUUGACCGAUUUCUCCGCAGUCGGCGAUGCGAUUUCUGUUACGGCAUACGAAGCCGCCGGAUUGGUGGCUCAAAAUGAUGGAUUUGCUUUGAUGGCAACGGUUAAUGCUACCGGGACUGCCAAUCUUCCUACAGACGGCUCUCCAAUCGUUUCGAUUAUGAGAUAUACGAACGGGAAGAAGACAUGGGAGACGGCUUUGAACGGUCCGGGUGUUCAUGCUUCGGAUAUGUUGACCUCGACUCCGGAUGCUAAUGGUGAUUUGGUUUACUCUGCCAAGGCUGGUCUUUACGCUGGAUAUUUCGUGGUUGAAGGUAUGAAUUCCACUCUCCUCUUGUCAAGUAUAAUUCUCACAAAUUUUCACAGCUUAUACCACUGAUUAUGCUGGUCAUUUCGGUGAUUCCAUUCAAUACGUCAACGAUAAUGGAGAAUUGCAAGUGGUUCAAGGCGCCAGCAGCGAUUUUGGUUGCUCUCACAACACAGGUAUUGGUCUCGAAGCCGCCGAUGCCGCUCCAUUCGCAAGUGUCUGCGCAGAAGAUCAAGGUGACAUCUGGUUGAACACCGAAACUCAAUACAUGUCCGGUCAAAAGAUCUCAAACGAGAACACAACCAACGGUGUCAGUGGUGAACCAAUGGGUGGAAUGUCCGGAUCCUACUCUAACUUGGCCUCCAUUCCCGGUUCCGAUGGAUACAUUUUCGCUUGGCAAUCCCGCGGUGCUCUCGAUCUUACCCUCAACGCCUGGAUGGGAACACCAUAUACUCAAUGCUCACCCAGAUGGCUCAACCACAACGUCGCCAUCUCCGUCAUGACCGAUAAAAAGACUCUCGCUGGUGCUCAAGCUUCUUCAACUGUCGGUGCAGCAGAAGGUGAUUCCCAAGUAACCUGGAUCACAUACUCCUCCACCGAAGACCACCAAAACGUUCACAUCGCAGCCGUCAACUCCCAAUACUCAAUCGUCACCUACGAAACCCUCAGUUCCCCAGACUGUCAACCAGUUCCUAUGGGCUGCUCAGGUACAUACGCAGGAACUUCAUUCCAAGUCAUCGACAACACCGGCGCCAAAGUAGGAUCUGCAGUCGUCUCAACCGAGGCCUUUGUUAGUGGUGAUAUCAUCACCGUUGGCACCGACAAAGUCUGCUGGCCUUACGUAUCUAUGACCUGGGAUUUGAGCUCCCCCAAGGACAGCGGAUCCCCCGUUUCCAAAAUGUCAUUCGCAUGUGCUACUUUGAGCGGAAACACCACAAAAGCUGCUUCCGUUGCUAGCUCUAGCUCAAGCUCCAGCGCCGCAGCUAGCAUUGCAUCUGCUUCCCCCUCUGUCGCAGCAGUUGUUUCCCACGCUGUUCUCCCAUCCUCUUCAGUAGCCCCUAUCGAAACUCCUAGCUCGGUUCCAAGCUCUACCGUACCAGCUGCUGCUUUUUCCGCACCAACUGCUUUCCCAUCCACAACUUUGAAGACAAAGACAAAGUCAAGACAUACUAAGACUAAGACUAGGUCUUCUUCUGAAGCUGCUGCUCCUUCUGGUGUUGCUCCUUGGGACGUUAGUGGUUUCUAUGGUGAUGCUGAUGCUGGUGGUGAUGAUGAGUGUGAUUCUCCUGAGGAUUAUUAAGUUUUUACCCUUGGAUGUUGAGGAGGAGGAGGGUACAGGUGAGCGGUUGCUGGGUGAUGGGUGAGAAGUGAGAAGUGAGGAAGCUGGGUGGUUAGUUGGAUGGAGAUGUAGAGUUUUAAGAAGGGGAUAGAGGGAAGGGGAUAGAUUGAUUUUGAUUCGUAGUAGAAAAUUUGUAUUCGUGUAU